AAGACCAAGAGGAACUCCAAGAGCAUAUUGUAUUUUAUUUCACCACGGUAAUAAAAUAUUAAAGAAGUAUUUGUAUAUAUUAUACUACAAAUUCAUAUAUUUUGAGCGGCAUUUCUUAAAGUGCAGAAUUGGAAAACACAAUAGGUCCCCCUUGGAAUGUAGAUCCCGCCUCUAUCAACAACAAUCUCCCGCCCACUGCAUGAAAAACAAUGUAAACCUCUUUGACUUUUUAGACCAUUUGGAAUGCGACAUGCAAGAAAUUUCCCAAGAAUUAAAAUUAAACACGGACCAGCACUAUGCAUAGUUGAGCCGCGCUACGCUUCGGUAUCAGAAGCUGUGGCGUGCUGCCGCGACAUGUACCUGUACAUUGCUCCGCAAGCCACCCGCACCACAAACGGCCACACUAACAGAAUCUCGGGUAUUUCUGCGGGGAUCCUGUUAGUGCCAAGUGAGCAAGAUAUCGCACCACCAAUUUACACGUCUGGGCUUGCAACUUGCCUUUUGCAUCAUCCGUCUUUUGUCUGUAAUUUCAUCGCUCUAGCGCAGUUGACCGGUCGCGAUCAGACUCCAUCCAGGUAUCCCGAGCUGCAGAAACCUGCGCAAACGACCGCUGGCGCAGCUUCCUCCCAUCACGAGCAUACCAGGCACGAUAAACACCAUAAAAGAGAGGCGACAGACACUGCUUCUCUUCGAUCAUCUAUACCCCCAAAAUACAAAAUGACAUCCCACUUUGCUCGACACUCCCACGGCAGCAGCGGCAACAUGGACAUGACCAUGGACAUGGGCAACUCGUCAUCGCACGGGUCCAUGAUGGAGAUGGUCUUCCAGACAGACCAGGCCACGCCGCUCUUCUCGACAGCGUGGACGCCGCGGUCGUCGGGUGCGUACGCAGGCACAUGUAUCUUUCUUGUGUUGCUGGCUGUGGUUGGCCGCGUCUUGGUCGCGGUCAAGGCUGCACAGGAGAAGCGCUGGGCCGCGCAGGACGCAAGACGCCGAUACGUGGCUGUCCAGGGAAAAGGGCCGCUAGCGGAGCAGAUUGCAAGAGACCCAGAAGCCAAGACGCAAGUUGUCAUGUCGGAGAAUGGCGUCGAGGAGACGGUGUAUGUGGUUGAGGAGGGCCGUCAUGCGUCGGGGCGGCCGUGGCGGUUCAGUGUUGAUCCGGUACGGGCGCUGAUAGACACCAUCAUUGUCGGUGUUGGAUAUUUACUGAUGCUCGCGGUGAUGACGAUGAAUGUUGGGUACUUUAUGUCGGUGCUGGCUGGUGUGUUUGUGGGCAGCUUGGCUGUAGGACGAUACGGCGGUAUUCCUCAUCAUUAAUGGGCAAAGAAUCAUGAUGAGGGAGAUAUGAUAGUAAUGAUAGGGAGGAUUGGGUGGUCUGUUUUUAUGCAUAGCGACAUUUUUCAUAGUACAUAUAUUUACAUUGCAUUGCCAUCUACAUCUCAUUA